ACGAGUACUAAUUUCGUAAUAUUGGAGGCGAUACGCAAGGGAAAGAGGAAUCCGAUCCCAAUCCUGAACCCUAGCCGCAUCGCAUUCCAGGUCGAUCUCGCGUCGGGGUGGACUAUGACGGCGGCGCUACGCAAAAUGGCGCCCAAGUUCCGGAUCCCCUGGGUUGCUGCUCUUCGGGCUCGGGCUUCGCAGGCGUCGUCUCCGCUUCCAAAUGUCCGUCGUCUCUGCUCAAGUGAAGCACUAGAUCAUGCGCACCGUCGACCAACCGAUCAGUCGGGCGAGCUUGAAAAAGUUCUUCUUUUAAAAAACAACAUUGAAGCUGCUAAAGACGUGGAUCUUUCCUCCAGUGCAGACUUGUUAGCUAAACAUAUUCAGCAAACUGAGGAAACGAUCAGCCACUUUUCCGAAAGGCACGGGCAAGUUGCUCAAAGGAUAUAUAAAAAUUCACUGAAGUUUUUCUGCGCUGCUGUCGUGUUUGGUAGCGUUGAUCAUUUGAUAUCAAAGUACUGGUUUGAUGGACAUGAUGCUGAGCUUCUGGGGGGUCAAGUUGAAGUUGCAGACGAAUGACCGCAGUCGGCUUAUCUCAUGAUAAAAUAUGGGCUUGUCAGCUCUGUGCUAAGUUACCCUCUAUGAUGUGUGUUAUAUGUAUUAUGUGCUCCAGUCUUGUCAGCUCUAUGCUAAGUUACCUUCUAUUAUAUGUGUUAUAUGUAUUAUGUUCUCCAGUCUGUCAAAGUCUGUCAAAGCAGUAUCUCUAUGAUAUGUAUUGUGUUGUCCAACCGUGUCUACGAUAUGACAUUUGC